AGUUGUUUGUGAUUUCUGAUUCGAGAUAUAUUUAUUUAUCAUAACAACAGUUUCACGGAUUAUUAAUCGGCUUUACGCAAUCCCAACGUCCAACUAUUGUUUAUUAAUUUGUGAUACCGUCUCGACUAUGACCCGAGCCAGUGGAAUUGAAUAAAUUUUGCGCAUUGAAUUGGAUAAACGACAAAUGAAAAUGAGAGACAGAGACCGAACAGAGCGUCGUCGUUCCAGAAAUCGUUCAAGAUCUAUUUCUCCAUCAGAGAGGAAACGAUCCCGGAGGUCUACAAGUCGCGGUAGAGAAACGAAAGACCGACGGUCGCCGCGUCGAGAUGCGCCUAGAGUGCGUGAAUCGAGUCGUGGCAGAGAUGUACCUCGAGAAAGAACCGAACGAAGAGAGAGAAGUCGCAGCCGGGAUAGAAACAAGUAUGCAACUUCCAGUAAAACUACCAGAGGUCGUGAAAGGUCCAGAUCACGCGAUCGAAUUGCCCGACGUGAUCGAUCGAAAGAGAGACCAAAAGAAGUUGUCAAAGAAAAACCGAAAGAGGAAGUGGUAAACGAAGUGGAAACGUUCGAUCUUACCACUCGCGUCGACAAGGAAGAAGAACAGCGACGCUUGGAGUUGGAAAUGACGAAAAGACGUGAACGUAUCGAACGGUGGCGCGCUGAACGGAAACGUAAAGAGUUGGAAAACAAGAAAGCAGGUGACAAAGCUCCGAUUGCGUCCGCUGCAAAGAAAUGGAGUUUGGAGAACGAAUCUGACGAUGAAGAGGAUGUGCAGAGGGAAAAGGAUAAAGAGAUCGAAAAGAACCGACGAAUUGAGGAGGAACCAGAAGAAGAGAUCGAUCCAUUGGAUGCGUUCAUGCAGGAAGUAAACAAAGAGGUCCGGAAGGUAAACAAAAUUGCAAAUCCUUUGGUCGGUGCCGCUGCUGCUGGUGGAGUUGUGGUCGUAUCCGGCGUAGCAAAGAAAACAGUUGACACGAAGAAAGGCGAAAUGAUGGAACAGAAUCAAGAUGGGUUAGAGUAUUCGUCGGAGGAAGAAAUGGAAGACAUCAAAGACACCGCCGCCAACUUGGCCAACAAGCAUAAAAAAGAAUUAGCCAAAAUCGAUCAUUCCGGUGUGGAGUACAUGCCAUUCAGAAAAGAUUUCUACGUUGAGGUGCCCGAAUUGUCAAAAAUGACCCAGGAGGAAGUGGAUGCAUACAAGAAAGAACUGGAAGACAUUCAAGUGAAAGGCAAAGGCUGUCCCAAGCCCAUAAAAACGUGGGCACAUUGUGGUGUGUCGAAGAAAGAAAUGGACGUGCUGAAGAAGCUCGGAUUCGAGAAACCCACACCCAUUCAAUGUCAAGCAAUACCGGCUAUUAUGUCCGGCCGAGAUUUGAUUGGAAUUGCCAAAACGGGCAGCGGAAAGACUUUGGCCUUUAUACUGCCUAUGUUUCGUCACAUCUUGGAUCAGCCACAUUUGGAAGAAGGUGACGGACCCAGUGCGAUUAUCAUGAGCCCUACCAGAGAACUCUGCAUGCAGAUUGGCAAGGAUAUCAAGAAAUUUUCGAAAUCUCUUAAUUUACGUGCUGUGUGUGUCUAUGGCGGAACGGGAAUUUCGGAACAAAUCGCUGAACUAAAACGUGGCGCCGAGGUGAUCGUCUGCACUCCAGGCCGUAUGAUAGACAUGCUGGCUGCGAAUUCCGGUCGGGUAACCAAUUUGCGUCGAGUGACCUACAUAGUAUUGGAUGAGGCUGACAGAAUGUUUGACAUGGGCUUUGAACCGCAGGUCAUGCGAAUCAUCGACAACAUUCGUCCAGAUCGCCAAACCGUUAUGUUUAGUGCGACGUUCAACCGGCAAAUGGAGGCACUGGCUCGAAGAAUUUUAAAGAAACCGAUCGAAGUGCAGGUGGGCGGACGAUCGGUCGUUUGUAAAGAGGUCGAUCAAAAUGUGGCCGUGUUAGACGAAGAAGCGAAAUUCUUUAAACUGCUAGAGCUGCUAGGCCAUUAUCAGGAACACGGUAGCAUCAUUGUAUUCGUUGACAAACAAGAGAAUGCGGACAUUUUGCUCAAAGAUUUGAUGAAAGCUUCCUACUCUUGCAUGAGUUUACACGGCGGAAUCGAUCAGUUCGAUCGUGAUUCGACCAUUUUGGACUUCAAAUCUGGAAGAGUGAAACUGUUGAUUGCAACCUCGGUGGCAGCACGAGGAUUAGAUGUGAAGCAAUUGAUUUUAGUGGUGAAUUAUGACUGCCCCAAUCACUAUGAAGAUUAUGUGCACAGAUGUGGUAGAACCGGCAGAGCUGGGAAAGACGGUUGCGCAUGGACGUUUCUUACUCCUGAACAGGGUCGAUAUGCCGGUGAUAUCAUCAGAGCCUUAGAGCAAUCUGGCUCUAAGGUUCCCGAAGACUUGCAAAAAUUAUGGGAGACCUAUAAAGGGGCUCAGGAAGCGGAGGGUAAAAAAGUACAUUCUGGUGGAGGUUUCAGCGGCAAAGGAUUCAAAUUUGACGAACAAGAAGCGGCUGCCGUUAAAGAGAACAAAAAACUCCAAAAGGCAGCACUGGGACUCCAGGAUUCGGAUGAUGACGAUGAUUUGGAAAAUGACAUUGAUCAGCAAAUCGAAAAUAUGUUUGCGGCCAAGCGAAAUAUUAAAGAAAUUGAGGCACCAGUAGUACCAGUCGUGCCGACUAUCGUUAAUCCUAAUCUUCCGGUUGCAUCACAAACCGACAAAUUAGAACUGGCAAAACGUCUGGCAUCGAGAAUAAACAUUGCCAAGAACUUAGGUUUCGAAGCGAAAGGUGCUACACAGCAGGCGGCUGAAGCAAUCCUAAAGGGCGGUCCAACACAAUCGCUGAUCACCGCAAAGACAGUGGCUGAACAACUAGCAGCUAAGUUGAACAACAAACUGAAUUAUCAGCCGAAAGAAGAAGACGAAGUACUGCCUCCCGGUGCCGAAUCAAUCUUCCGGAAAUACGAAGAGGAAUUGGAAAUUAACGAUUUCCCGCAACAAGCCCGAUGGAAGGUCACGUCUAAGGAAGCACUGGCACAAAUUUCCGAAUAUUCCGAAGCUGGACUUACAGUACGCGGUACCUAUGUGCCAACCGGCAAGAAUGCGCCGGAAGGUGAACGUAAACUCUACCUGGCCAUUGAAAGUUGCAGUGAGUUGUCCGUGCAGAAGGCAAAACGAGAAAUUACGAGAUUAAUCAAAGAGGAACUGUUAAAGCUGAGUACGGCCCAUCAUGUGUUCAACAAAGGCCGAUACAAAGUGUUGUAGUUCGGCUGAUGAAGUUUUGUUUUUGAAUACGAAUUGCGGCAAGAAUAUCGCCCUGUGUCUUACAUAUUUGUAUUUUGAGUAAAAUGGUAUUUGAAAUGACA